AUGAGCUUAAAUUUAAUUUAUUGGUCUGAUCCAGCUCUGUGGAUCAUAAACAAUUUUACUCAAGAUUAUUUGAGUAUUCAUGGUUUUUCUCAAAAUGUUUCCAGCAUGAAUUUUUCAAAAUCAAAAAGACCCUAUAUUAAAUCUCAAAAAGGUAUUAAUAAAACCUACUACAGGUAUUUUAAUUUAAGCUAUCUUCAGGUCACUUUAAAAGAUGGAGAAAAAUUGAAACGAGACUUUUUAAUGUACUCUGAGAGCAAAGGUGUUAUUUUUUGCUGCCCAUGUCUUUUAUUUGGUAACAAAUCAGCAUUUGCUACAACUGGUUUUUCUAAUUGGAAAAAGGCUGAGGAGCGUAUAUUGGAACACACAAAUUCUUCAAAACACCGUUCAAAUAUCUUAAAGAUGAAAGAUCGUGGCAACACACUUGGUCGGAUCGAAAACAAUCAUGUGAGACAAGUGGAAGUUCAACAUACAUACUGGAUAAAUGUAUUAAAACGAGUUGUGGCUGUUGUUAAAAGUUUACCAUCCAGGGGAUUGGCAUUUAGAGGAACAGCUUCAAAAAUAGGAUGUAAUAACAAUGGUAAUUUUCUUAUGGCCCUUGAAUUAUUGGCUGAGUUUGAUCCUUUCUUAUCAAACCAUUUAGAAACAUAUGGAAACCCAGGAAAAGGUAAUACAUCAUACAUAUCAUAUAAUGUAUAUGAGCAAUUUAUUAGUAUAAUGUCUAGACAAGUACUAAAUACAAUUAUUCAAGAAGUUAAAGCUUCUCGAUAUUUCUCAAUCAGUGUUGACUCUACCCCAGACAUAUCACAUAUCGACCAGCUUUCGUUUUGUGUUCGAUAUAUCAACAAUAAAGGGGAACCCGUCGAAAGGUUUUAA